CUCCAGCUUCCAGACUUUUCUGUCUGGUCUCUUGGCCCCUGACAGCCAAGUGAGGCCUGAGCGAAGGCCCCACAUUGACCCCUCUUCACUUGUAAUCUCUUUUAAUGGUGUCCGGGAGAGUCACGAUGGCUGUCCUCUUGGGGACAAGGAGUCUUGGGGACAAUCGUGGGGUCUGCCUCUUUCCCGCGCCUCUCUCCCACUUAACCCCCUCCCCCAACUCGCGCACAGGCCCUGCCCCACGGGGCUCCGGACAUUGCAGCUGCGGUAAAGAUGAGACGUAGCAACAGUUCUGCAGCAGUGUGGUGGUGACUUGAGUGUGUUCUCCUCCUGACAUUCACCUGCAGCUUUUCGUGCGCUUUUCUGUAUGUAUUUAAUAGUAUCACUCAACAAAAGGGAGUUUAUCAGGCCGGGUGGCUGGCUCACGCAGGAGAAUCGCUUGAGCCUAGGAGUUCGAGACCAGGCUGGGCAACAUAGGGAGAACCCCAUCUCUACAAAAAAAUAAAAAAUAAAGUUUAUAGACCGGACGAGGUGGCUCACGCCUGUAAUCCUAGCACUUUGGGAGGUCGAGAUGGGAGGAUCGCUUGAGCCCAGGAGUUCGAGAUUACCUGGGCAACAUAAUAAGACCCUGCCUCUUAAAAAAAAAAAAAUCAGUUAACAGCACCAGAGGCAUAGCUGUGGUUACGAUGGUCACCAAGAAGGGUACUGUGGAGGGUGAGGCAGGGGAGGGCUAAGCCUUUCUCUGUGCACUGGGAGCCGCUCUCCUAAAGCCCCGGCUGCAUCUUCAUCUUUGUGGCCCGAGCCCAGACCACAGCCUGCAUCACAGGAGACCGCGGGGGGCGGAUGAAUUAAUGCAGCCAGAGAGACCAGUCCGCCUCCUCGUCUCGCGUGUCCGCGUGGGGUUGUGGGUGGUCAGGGAGAAGUAGGGUGGAUGACCCAGAAAGGCCGCCCUCCCCUGACUUUGUCUGGGAACAAUCCUUGCCCCAGGCCUGGUCCUUAGAAGGCAAGACAGCCCCCUUCCAGCUGGGGGAUCAAUCUGCUGUUGGCUGCGCCGCGGUCCGGCUCCCUCGGGUCUGGCCUGGUCGAGGAUCCAGUUCCUUCACAGCUGCGGCCUCCCCGGGGCCCAUUAACGAAGGUGGGGAAGGGCGGAGAAAGGGUCAGGGUCUAGGAUGAGAGUAGCUGCGGGCGCGCCAGGGCGGUGACAGUCUGGCUCUUGGAGGUAAGAUGGGCGUGACUGAUUCCGAACUCCGCCUGCAUUUGCAGAAGCGAAGGGAACCGAGCGAGCGGAGCUGAGCUCGGCUAGGCCACGGGAGGCCCCUCCUCUCCGGGCGUCCGCGCGCCUAGCUCUGCGCUCGGAGCCUCGCGCCCUUGGACAGCAGUUAGUUGCUGACUCGGAUGCAGCCGAUCGGUAACACCUUCUCCGAGAGCCGGGUGGCAUCCCGGUGUCCCAGCGUGGGCCUCGCUGAACGGAACCAGGUAGCCACAAUGCCGGUGCGGCUGCUCAAGGAGAGUCCGCCAGCGCAGGAGGACAAUGAUCAUGCCAGAGACGGUUUCCAAAUGAAGAUGGAUGCCCACGGCUUCGCCCCGGAGGAGCUGGUGGUGCAGGUGGACGGCCAAUGGCUGAUGGUGAUCGGACAGCGGCAACUGGACGGCAGUGACCCGGAAAGGGUCAGUUACCGCAUGUCACAGAAGGUGCUCCCAUCCAACCUGAAUCCUACCGCCAUAACCUGCUGCCCGAUCCCCUCCGGGCAGCUGUGGGUCAGAGGCCAGUGUGUGGCCCUGGCUCUCUCUGAAGCCCAUACAGGACCGUCCCGGAGACUCAGGAGCCUUGGCUCUAAGGCUUCCAACCUGACCCAGUAAACAAACGACCCGAUGUGCAGCA